AUGUACUUUGACGAUUUCUGUGGCUCAGGGUCUGUCGCAUCCACCACCGGCUCCGGCGGCUCCUCGCAGACAUCCUCUACAUCAAGCGCACCCACGUCCCAUGAACCAACCGAUAACAACCAGGGCAACCAGACUAGUGAUAAUGCGGGCAGCAGUGGGAGGAUUACGACGGCGCCCAUGGGCCUCACAGGUGCUAUGCUUGUCCUUGGAGUAUAUCUUUCUCCGAGCAUCACGCUAGCCGACUAG